AUGCCGAAGGACGCGGUGGUCAUCAUUCGCUACGGGCCGUACAGUGCAGUCGGCCUGUCUGUGGAGUACCGAACCUUCCGCCUGGAGGGCCUGCAAGCUGUGUUGACCAGAGAUGGACACAAGGUCAUCCUAGAGAAGAUAGAAGACUGGAAUGUGGUAGAACUCAUGGUGAACGAAGAAAUUGUCUUCCACUGUAACAUCAAAGACUUGGAGUUUGGAGGUGAUGGUAAACUAGACCCGCUGUGUGAAGAGGCCAGGACAGCCGUCCUAAAUGCCUACUGAUCUCCUCGUCCGAACAGGCAUCUGAAGUCAACAGAACAGCCACUGCUUCCGGCCCUUCUAUGCAGCAAACAAAAGCAGCUCUAGGUUUUGAAGGCUCUAGCAAUCCAGGUAACGCCAGCCUAUCCUUCAGCCUGCCCAGCACAGUGUCUCUCACCCGGCUGCACAGAAGCAGGGCCCACACAAAUAAUAAACACCAUUUGCAGCAUCUUUCAAUCUCAACCCACAGGGAGAGCCCUCCAAUAUCAAUCAGGUACACAUUGAGCUGAAGGAAAUAAUAAAAUGCAAUCUAAUAACAAAGCGCCAUCCCGUCCUAAUAACACAGAGUUUGCCAGAAGCAUCUGAGAGUCCAUUCUA